AUGAAACUUCUCACUGCUCUUGGGAUCCUCUCAAUUUGCGCCGGAUUCACUUUGGCUUUUCCUGAAGACCUCCAACAACGUGUGGUGGACUAUUUGAAUCGAUACAGAGAGAGUUUUGCAGCGCAUCUUCCGGUGGCUAAUAUGAAUGAGAUGGUCUACAACGCCUCUCUCGAGCGGAGAAUUUCAUCUUGCUCCAUUGCACGGUAUGAAGGCAAAGACAAUCGUGUGAUGUAUAUGAGAGAGAUCGAAUUCAAGAAUGAUCCAAAUUUUGAAAAGAAUGGCGCUGAGGAAAUUAUGAUUGACCACGAUGACUCGGAACUUUUCUUCUACCGUCAACUAGUAAACCCUCUGUAUUCUGGAGUCGGAUGCACCAUUUUGAAAAAACCGUGUAUGCAUAAAAUUCGAAAAAUCAGUGAGGAUUCAAAGAUGGAAGAUGCUGAAGAUAAAGCCAUAGCAAUGUGUUUCUUCGGAGGAGAUGAAAACUUGAAACCACUGGAGGGAUUGAAGAGAGGAAAACCGGCGAGUCAAUGCCCGAAUGGAAAGUCUGAAACGAGCAGAUACAUGUGCAAAGCAUAA